CGGUGGUGUUCACACUGGCCCAGCUGUCAGCGCAAACAAGGCGACAUUGUGUCCCCACUGGUCAAACGUGUCUUCACACCCCCCCCCCCCCAAGCAUCACAGGGUGAAAACACAAGAGAUUCUGGAAACCCAAAGCAACACACAAAAUGCUGGAGGAACUCAGGGAAUGGACAGAUACAUUAUGUGUAGAGACCUUUCGUCAGGACCAGAGAGCAAAGGUGAAGAGGCCAGGGAACAAGCUCCCUGACCUGCUGAGAUCUUCCAGUGUUGUGUGUGAGCCUUGGACUGUGGGAGGGGAGUGAGGCAGGCACACUGCGCUGUGGGGCGGGUUUGCCCGUCCAGAGCUGGCUGGCUGAGUGGGGUCUGCCUUUCUGAACUGCAGCUGCUGGGUGGCAAGGUUGACAGUGUUGCACCCCUUGUGAGGUCACAAUGACCUCACACAGGGAGAGAUCCCACCCAUCCCACCGACCUCGUGCCUAACAGCUGAGGGCACUGCUUUGCCCCCACACAUCACAGAUGGGAUCCACACCGCCGUUCCGGGACGUCCUUCCCACCCCCACUCUCCUGAGACUUCUGAAGCAACUGGAUGAGGAGGCGAGGAGCCGGGAGGCAGCAGAGGAAGAUCUCCGGUCUAUUGGACGUUGCACGGGAGUGAAGCUCGGUGUGACCCCGCGGAGAGGGCAGGGCCUCGUGUCUGUGCUCCCCGGCUCCCAGGUCCUUUUUCAGGACGAGGAGGAGGAGCGUAACGCACGGCAGCUACAGGCCAGGAGCCUGUGGGCACUGCGCGAGAUCCGGGAGCUGACCCUGGGAGCUGGGCCUGCCACUGGUACCCAGUCACCUUCCGAGUGCAGGUCCCAGGAGAAUGAAAGCAGCCUCAACAGACUGCAGGAGGCUGAAGACACGGCCCUGGGCAGUGACAGUACAUUGGCACCAGAAAAAUGCAGCCCCCAGAAGGAGGCUCCUUUCCUGUACUUGGGUCUCCCCACCAUGCUAGAUGAGGAGCUGCCCCACAUUCAAUCGUCCAGGGCAGCCUUGGCCCACGAGGAGCCCACCACUUCUUCCACCUCAGUCUCCCAGCAGAUAGGCCAGCUCCGCAAGGUUACCAAGACAACAGGCAGCAAUGUGACCUUUGCCCCUGGUUCGCCCAUGACCCAUGGGCCUCCCCCUGAGGCUGAGCGGCUGCCGGCUCCCAGCUUCUCCUGUCUGAAGAAGGUUGGGGCCUCAGCAAGCCAGGUCUCCUUCAGACCCAGCUCCUCAGGGUUGCCUCACCCCCCUGGGCCCAGGCCGGCAUUCCCCCGCCUCACUAAGCCCUGGGGCCAGAACAGGGGCUCCAGCCCAGGCUUCUUGGUUCGGCCAUGUCUGGCGGCCAGUGGCGACGAGGACGCUGGUGACGAUGGUGUCUCUGACAUGGUGGUGGGCAGCCUGGAUGAUAGGUUCAGAGGUCCACCUAUGCACACCCAAGAUAUCGGCUCCAGUGACAUAAUGGAGUACACACAAGAUGGCGGUUUGAAUGACCUCAUGGGGGACAUUGAAGAUGGUGGCCCCAGUGUCCUGCUUGCAGAUGCCCAGGAUGGUGGCUCCAGUGACCUCAUGGGGGACAUCCAAGAUGGCGGUUCCAGUGACCUCAUGGGGAACACUGAAGAUGGUGGCUCCAGUAUCCUGCUUGCAGAUUCCCAGGAUGGUGGCUCCAGUGACCUCAUGGGGGACACUGAAGAUGGUGGCUCCAGUGUCCUGCUUGCAGAUUCCCAGGAUGGUGGCUCCAGUGACCUCAUGGGGGACACCCCAGAUGGUGGCUCCAGUGACUUCAUGGGGGACACCCAAGAUGGCAGCUCCAGUGAUCUAAUGGGUGACACCCAAGAUGGUGGCUCCAGUGACUUCAUGGGGGAAUGCCAAGAUCGCUGCUACUGUGUUGGGCUGGCAGAUUCUCAGGAUGGUGGCUCCAUGGCUGUUAACCAGGAUGGUGAGGGCAGCCACCUGCUGGCCAACUCACAGGACAGCAGCAGUGACCCCAUGCUGAGCUCCCAGGAGGGCGAGAGUGCCGACCCUUUGGAGGAUGCACAAGAUGAGGGCUGCAGAAAGGGAGGGCAGUCAGGAGUCCUGGUGCUGGCUGGGCCGGCUGAGCUUGGAGGACCCCCUGCCUCCCCAGAGCACGAGCUGCCCCUGGUGAUGGAGGAGCCUGAGGCGGGCCCAUCCCAAGUGAUGGGCCCUGUUGCCCAGCCCAACAUGCAGGAUGUCUACACUGAGCUGCAACGGGACAUGUUCUACAAGGCAUUCCUCUUCCACAAGUUCAUGAGGUUGGGCAGUCCUCAGCAGAAACCUGGCCAUCAGCAGGCAGAAGAGCACCCUUAGGUGAUACCUCCAGCCAGGGGUAUCUCCCUCCCCCUGCUGGAAAACUCUAUGAAAUCUGUCUCUGUCUCUGUGUGAGUGAUUCCAAACCAAUAAACUAUAUUUAUGACCUCCUGUGUCCACCUUUCCUGGUUCCACCUGUCCAGCCUCAGACCUGGCGUUCACCCUCUUCCCAGCCCCACAGUCAAGGCUGGAAGAGGAGGCUUCACCCUGGGCUGCAGAAGGUGGGGUUGCCCAGAGCCAUGGGGAGGGAGUGUGGUCAUGCUGUGCCAGAUGUGAAACAGCCAGCAACCUCCCGUGCACCGUGAGGAAAACCUUUCUUACUCUGCAGUGGUUCAAGGAGGUGACUCUUGUCAGAGGGGUGUUAGAGUUCACAGGGGACAGCUUGACUCAGGAGGAACUUAAGAUCUGGUAUGUCACCAAAGACACUUGCAAAUUUCU